ACGCGACGGUUCCGAGACAUUCUCGUAUUUGGGAGCAUUCAGUAUUGAAUCGAAAUAAAGUAUUUGUGUUUUUUUGUCAACAAUCGAAAUAUUUGUCUGAAGUAACAAUUUCAUAUUCUUCGUGUUAGCUUAGAAAUUAUAUGGGCCUAUUAAGUCGCAUGGAUAAGCCCAUAUUGGGCCCAUUAAGCAACUUGACCAAAUAGCUCAACGUUGGUUCUGUGAGUGAGAGAUGUUGAUGAUGGCUGCGAAGCUUCGGAAAUGGCGAAACAUGUCGACUCGUAUAGAUCUGAUGCUUCGGAGAGACGCUGUAUCAACAAGAAGGUUUCUACACGAAGGCCCAGACACCAUGGAGGAGCUCCUCGAUAGACACCUAGCGAAGAAAGAGAAACCGCUAAUCAACGACGAGGAGGCGGAGUAUCUGAACAGACAGCGUCUGACGAGCACGCGCCGAGAGGCGCUGAGUUUAUACCGGGACAUAUUACGCGCGACUAGGUUCUACACGUGGACGGAUUCAAGGGGAGUCCUGUGGAGAGAUGUGCUGAGAGAGAACGCUAGGAAGGAGUUCGAGGCGGCGCGGUUCGAGACGGAUCCGGAGGUUAUCACGCGGCUGCUGAUCGGUGGAAGCGACGCCGUUUCGUCUGCUUUAGAUAGGCUCGCGGAGAAGCAGAGAGAGAUGAUUGAGAAGAGAAACAGAGGCGAUCAACCGUGAUUCGUCGGAAACGACAAAGUUUAUAACAUAGUUUGAAUGUUGUACUUUGAAAAGAAUGUUUUGUCCUUUUGUCAUACAACUGUACGAAUACAAGUAACAAAAAAGCAGUUACUAAACCAGCUCUUCUCCUAAGUUCUGAAUGGAGAAUAUAAUAAGAUAUAAUUCAAGAUUCUACUUCAGAUAAACAUGAUGGCUAUUUAGAGCAACACACAGCUGGAUCAAAUACAUGAAUGCUUCUAUCAAC